CGAAAAGCGUUUUACAGGCGCCCUCUACAAACGUUCAUAAUCCGUGUGCGUUGUCCUGUUGUCAUUUCCUGUUCAAUACUAAAACGAUUACAUUAAUUUUGCAUUUCAAUAUCGUAUUUGUUUUUCCUGAAUUAAUAAUCGUUUAAUCCAUUAGUAUAGUUCAGUAUAGUUAUGGAUUUGUCCGAUGAAAAUUUCGAUCAACCUCAAGGUCGUAAAACGCGCUCAGGUCGCACUCCUGCUCCCCCAAAACCGAAGCAAACUACACGAAAAACAAGGAAAAAAAUGGUUUUGAUGGAAGUUGAAGUUUCGGAUGAAGAGGAGCUCACAACGGGUGAUCCCUUGAGGAUGGAGGAAUCCAACAAGAAAGAAGAAAUGGUUGAUGAAAAUGGAUUGCAACAGGAUGAAGGUGAAAGUGAACCCCAAACUAAAUUUGUAAUGGAGAUUGAGGAAAUAUCUGAGAAAUUAGAUGAAGAGAUUUCAGAUCAAGAUAAACAAAUUCUUGGGAAAGAAGAAGAUAUUAUAGAAAAAGAUGAAAAAACAGGAAAUGAAAUUGAAAAUGAGCCCAUAAUUACUAUGCCUUUAGAUGGUGAAAAUGAUGAAAAGAAUAAUGUAAAUGAUGAGCAAGGAAUCACAUUUGAAGAAAUUGAAGGUGUAAAUAUGUCUACUAACAAUAAAUUUGAGGAAGAAAAGGAGAUGGAAGAAGAUAAUGGCAAAAAACGUGAACAAAUUGAACCAAAAAUAAGUGAUGAAAAUUAUGAAAUGGAAGAAAAGGAUGAAUAUGAUGAAAUCAAUAAUGUUAAAUCAGAAAAGACUUUGUUACAACCUGAUCCUGAUACGGAAAAUAUAUCAGAAGAUGAAUUGCCAAGUGUACAAGUCGUGAAAGUACCGGAAACAGAAGAAGUAUCAGACGAGGAACUUCCUGGUCCUAAAAGAGCUGAACUUCCAGCCGAUACGGAAGUUGUAUCUGAAGAUGAACUUCCGGCGGUAAAACGUGAUGGUGGUACCAAACGUAAAUUGACUGAAGGUGACUACGAUCCGGGUUCGCCAACCUCAGAAAGCGAGAUAUCUGCCAAAAAACCGUUUUUGGAUCAGGAUGAUUUAGAUCAAAAGGAAAAGGAAAAAGAGAAGCCGAAAAAGUUACCAGAACUUGACAAGUAUUGGAAGGCUGUCAAUGAUGAUCCAACUGAUUUUACUGGAUGGACGUACUUACUGCAGUAUGUUGAUCAAGAGAACGAUAUGGAAGCGGCGCGAGAAGCAUAUGAUGCCUUUUUGUCCCAUUACCCCUACUGUUACGGUUAUUGGCGAAAAUACGCCGAUUACGAAAAACGGAAAGGAAAUAAAAAGAAAUGCGAAGAGGUGUUCGAGCGAGGUUUGAAGGCGAUUCCUUUAUCAGUUGAUCUUUGGAUCCAUUAUUUGACGUACGUAAGGACAAUGGUCAAACAACCGGAAGAGGACGAAGAGUUCACACGAGCACAAUUUGAAAGGGCGCUCGCCGCUUGUGGAUUGGAGUUUCGUUCAGAUCGUCUUUGGGAGAGUUAUAUCAAAUGGGAAAAUGAAGCGAAACGAUAUCAGCAUGCGACCGCCAUUUAUGAUCGACUUUUGUCAACGCCCACUCAAGGAUAUAUCACUCAUUUUGAUAAUUUUCAAGAACACGUUUCAAAUAACACACCAAAUAAAAUCUUAGAAGUUGACGAAUUUUUGGCUCUUCGCAAAGAAGUUAAGCACAUUUUAAAACAUGAUGGUUCUUCUACGUCAGAACCGACUGGAACAAGCGGCGACAAAUCAGAUCUUCCUCCAGGCGAAGAUCGCGAAGAAACUAGUUCUGAUGAAGAAACGAAGGCGAUUCGGGAAAGAAUCAUUUCGAUUCGAAGGAAGAUUCAUAAAAAUACAUCAACAGCUGUUACAAGUCGAUGGAAUUUUGAAGAAGGGAUAAAAAGACCUUAUUUUCAUGUUAAACCACUGGAAAGAUGUCAAUUGAAAAAUUGGCAAGAAUAUUUGAACUUUGAAAUUGAACAGGGUGACCAAACGAGAAUAAUUGUGCUUUUUGAGAGGUGUUUGAUCGCGUGUGCUCUCUAUGAAGAGUUUUGGUUAAGAUUUGUUCACUAUUUGGAAGGUUUAAAAGAUACAAAUUUACAUGGAAAGAUCAAAGAUGUUUACGAACGCGCUUGCACCAUUCAUCAUAUUAAGAAGCCAACUCUACAUCUACAAUGGGCGAUGUUCGAAGAGUCAAUUAAAAAUUUCAAUAAAUCCGCUGAAAUUUUAGUUAACAUCGAAAAAUCUGUUCCAAAUCUAUUACAGAUUGCUUAUAGAAGAAUUAAUUUGGAACGUCGAAGAGGUGAUUAUGAAAAAUGUUCGCAAUUAUACGAACAUUAUAUAACAAAUUCGAAAAAUAAGGUGAUCUCAACGAAUUUAGCGAUAAAAUAUGCUCGAUUCGCUUUAAAAAUUUUAAAUAAUCUCGACAAAGCUUUCGAAGUAAUCAAUAUGGCUUUAAGUAAAGAUCCGAAUAAUUCCCGGUUGUAUUUACAAUUGAUUGAUUUGACAAUGCAUAAAAACACAAGUGGUUUAGAAACAGAAAUUUUGGGAUAUUUAGACACGUUUUUAGAGAAAGAAUCUGUUGAAAUUGAUCAAAAAGUUCUAUUUGCUCAACGAAAAUUAGAAUUUUUAGAGGAUUUUGGUUCCGAUAUUCUAUCUGUACAAUCGGCUUACGAUGAAUAUCAGAAAUGCGUGAAAUUGAGUAAAGAAAAUAAGAAAAAGGAUGGAAAAGAUUCCGUAAAAAAGGAUAAAAUGGCGACGACAUCCGAGCAGCAAGCAUCUAAUUCAUAUGGAAGCUAUGGAAAUUAUAGUAAUUCGUCAGGAAAUGCAAGUGCUUAUCAACAAUAUGCAGGUUCUCAGCAAGGUCAAUACAAUUACACACAAUAUGGACAAGGAGAUCAAUAUCAAUAUGGAAGUUGGCAGUAUCCACAGGGAAGUUACAGUGGAUAUAAUCAAUGGAGCGGUUAUGGAAGUGGUUAUGGAUAUUAAGAUUUUUAAAACAUUGGAGAAAAAAAAAGGAACAAUAUUCGCUAUUUUUCUUUUGGUACAAAUCAUUCAAAAAUCUUAGUUUUUUAGUGAGAUGUAAUAUUAAUACUAUGUAUCGUAUCGAUUGUAUUUUAUUUUGUGUUUCAAUUAAAUUGAUUGACAAUGAGAAACAACUUUAAAUAAAAAA